AUGUUCUAUGAUCGUGGCAAUCACUACGAAUUCCUCUCCCUGGGCCAAGAACUGGCUGCUCCUGGCGAACUACAGCACCCGCAGACAUUCCCAUUCAACUUCAAAAAUGUCGAGAAGCAGUACGAGUCUUACAACGGAAUCAACGUCAAGCUGCGGUAUUUUGUCAGAGUAACGGUCUCCCGUCGGAUUGCGGAUGUUGUGCGCGAGAAGGACAUCUGGGUAUAUUCGUACAGAUUGCCGCCGGAGUCCAACAAUCCAAUUAAAAUGGACGUCGGGAUUGAGGACUGUCUGCAUAUUGAAUUUGAGUAUUCGAAGUCAAAAUAUCACUUGAGGGACGUGAUAGUGGGAAGAAUAUACUUUUUGCUCGUUCGGUUGAAAAUUAAGCACAUGGAGUUGUCUAUUAUAAGACGAGAGACUACAGGAUCCCCGCCGAAUCAGUAUAACGAAAGCGAGACGCUGGUAAGAUUUGAGGUAUGUGAUCCCUUUAUUCAUAUUUCUAUACUCUAUACAGCGGUUUUGUUGACUAUUUCUUGGCUCAGAUUAUGGAUGGUUCUCCAUCAAGAGGUAUGUUUAAGCAGGAACACCUUAAUUCUUUACCUCGCCAGCUUUACUGACACUGCAUUAGGCGAAACCAUACCCAUCAGAUUAUUCCUAGGUGGAUUUGAUCUAACUCCCACCUUCCGAGAUGUGAACAAGAAAUACUCGACAAGGUAUUAUCUCAGCCUUGUAUUAAUCGACGAAGACGCCCGUCGAUAUUUUAAACAAUCGGAGAUUGUCCUCUUCCGUCAAUCUCCAGAAAUGGCGGCUGCUGCACAGCUUGAAAACCAACCGCAUGAUGGACAACAUGCAGUGCCCCCACCGGAGCGCAAACAAGCCGUACGUCAUAGCGAGGAUGAGGAAGACGGCCUGCAAAGCUCGCACCAUGCAUCGCCCCCAUCCCAACUUGCACCUGAACCUGCAUCUGCACCUGCAUCCACUAUGCCGACAUAG